UCACUGUGCUAGCAGCCAUCUUGCGUACUCUUGUUCAAGAAGAGAGGGAAUGUGAUUACCGAUCGGAACUGCAGAAGUAAACCUCAGAGCUUUACAAGGAUACGCGAUUCUACAACCAACACUAAAUUCGUUACUUGCAAAACAACUUGAUACAUUUUCGUUGCGGAUAUAUAUUAGGUGUAAAACAGUGAGGAGGCAGGCUGAACGCUAACGUUGGCGCUAGCAAAACUAGCUAAGGUCGGGUCUUCGCGGUGGUUGUCAUCACCCGCCACAGCGGUGCCGCUCGAGACCAAUCUCACGGAGCGUUUUUCAACAUGACAUGAAGUGGGGACUGUGUGAGUUAUUACUGGAGCGGCACACAGCAGCCUUGGUCGCCGUUUGGGUCGUUUAGAGACCCCCGACAGACGCAAUGUUUUAAUAACAGACUGUUCUUCAGUGGCAUUGGCCUGCUGUCAACUUUCCCGUGGAUUGCUCGUGCGUGAUUUGGAAGAAGACCGAUGUUUUUCAAAUGGGAAAAACAUCGCAGCCUCGGCCGAAGUUGACUUUAAACUAGAAAAUGCGUGCGUUUAUCUCAGUUCCUGCCAUGUUAAUAGUCUUUUUAAAUAAUAGUACAUCUAUGCAAUUCCAUAUACAAUGUGGAUUAUAUCUGUGCCUUUAAAGGCUAUUCGGAAAAGGGCUGUCCCCUCCGUUCGUUGCUGACCUCGAUUGUCAUAUGAAACAAAUUGCAUAGCGGGCAAGGACACGGUGCCUACUUUAUUGAUUGUCGGUAUUUUCUGCCUUUGAUCUGGGGCAACCUGAGACAAUGCUAAAUGUACAUUAUGUUGAGUUGUUGUGCAUCGGUGCGACCUCCUACUUAUUUACGUAGCUUGCCAGUCGACCUGUCUAAUAAGCUAUCUAUUUAUUUCCAAACAACCUCAAGGGAUUUGCGUUCGACGGAGAGUCCAAACCUUUAAGUCUCCUGUAUUUAUAACAUCUGAUCGAUAGUUUUUUUUUUCUUCUUGCGCAAGCUGGACAUGGCAAUGAAUCUGAAGUGGAUGGUCAACUAACACCGACGUCCCUUCGGCUCCAUGUUGCGGUUCUGCCAACCGCUCAUCUGAGAUACACUGCUAUACAAAGGAGCCGUGAUUGGUUUGGGACUCUAAUCCUCUGGAGUCACUGCUUCGGGAUUUAAUCGAAAUAAAGGAUUUGUCAUUUGAUCGAAAAUGGGAUCAGCGACCAAAUUGGCAUUCAGCGUUUUUCUCAUCUCCUGUUCCUCAGGCGCCAUCCUGGGACGCUCCGAGACCCAGGAGUGCGUCCACUACGACUACAAACCGUCGGCGGCCGAAAGCCGGGUCAACCGCAGCGGGGUCGAACCAUGCGCUGGCGAGAAGGACAAGAGGCUACACUGCUUCGCCACCUGGAAGAACGUGACGGGCACGGUGGAGGUGUUCCGUCAGGGCUGCUGGCUGGAUGACGUCAACUGCUACGACAGGAACGAGUGUGUGGAGAAGAAAGACGAUCCAGAGGUGUUUUUCUGCUGCUGUGAAGGCAGUAUGUGCAACAAAAAGUUCUCCUACAACCCAGACACGCACCCCCAAAUACAAACUACUUCCAACCCAGUGACCCAGAAGCCCCCGGUGUUGACCACACUCAUGUACUCGCUGGUGCCCAUCAUGGGCAUCACGGCCAUCGUUCUCUUCUCCUUCUGGAUGUACCGCCACCACAAGCUGGCCUACCCACCUGUCCUGGUGCCCACCCAGGACCCGGGCCCCAUGCCCCCCUCUCCCAUCCUGGGGCAGAAGCCGCUGCAGCUGCUGGAGAUCAAAGCCAGGGGGCGCUUCGGCUGUGUGUGGAAGGCCCAGCUGCUGAACGAGCACGUGGCCGUCAAAAUAUUCCCCAUUCAGGACAAGCAGUCCUGGCAGAACGAGUAUGAGAUCUACACACUCAGCGGCAUGAGACACGAGAACCUCCUCCAUUUCCUCGGCGCCGAGAAGAGAGGCACCAACAUGGACAUCGAGCUGUGGCUCAUCACCGCCUACCACGAGAAGGGCUCUCUGACGGACUACCUGAAGGCCAACGUGGUGUCGUGGACCGAGCUGUGUCACAUAGCCCAGACCCUGGCUCGCGGCCUGGCAUACCUUCACGAGGACAUCCCCGGGCUAAAGGACGGACACAAACCCGCCAUAGCCCACAGGGACAUCAAAAGUAAGAACAUCCUGUUGAAGUCCAACCUGAGCGCCUGUGUGGCUGACUUUGGCCUGGCCCUGAGGUUUGAGUCGGGCAAGUCUGUCAGCGACACGCAUGGACAGGUGGGCACCAGGAGGUAUAUGGCCCCCGAGGUGCUGGAAGGGGCCAUCAACAUCCAGCGCGACGCCUUCCUCAGGAUAGACAUGUACGCCCUGGGCCUGGUCCUCUGGGAGCUGGCCGCGCGCUGCAAGGCCGCCGACGGCCCAGUCGACGAGUACAUGCUGCCCUUUGAGGAGGAGGUGGGCCAGCACCCGUCGCUGGAGGACAUGCAGGACGUGGUGGUCCACAAGAAGCUGAGGCCCACGCUCAGGGAGUGCUGGCAGAAACACAGCGGCCUGGCCAUGCUGUGCGAGACCAUCGAGGAGUGCUGGGACCACGAGGGGGAGGCGCGGCUGUCGGCCGGCUGCGUGGAGGAGCGCGUGGUGCAGAUGCAGCGGCAGGCCAGCGUCACGGCGCCCGAGGAGAUCGUCACGGUGGUCACCAUGGUGACCAACGUGGACUACCCGCCCAAAGAGUCUAGCCUAUGACUAGACUGAGAGAACCCACCCCGGGA